AGCCCUGUGUGGCCUCCGGCUCUCCCGCCUGGCCAGGCCGGGCCCUGCGCCCUGGGAGCCCCGUUCCCAGCCCAGCAGGACCUUCCUGAGCCUCACCAACAAGCGCAAGGAGUACUCGGAGCGGCGCAUCAUCGGGUACUCGAUGCAGGAGAUGUACGACGUGGUGGCCAACGUGGAGGACUACAAGAACUUCGUGCCCUGGUGCAAGAAGUCGGUGGUGGUGUCGCGGCGCGCGGGGCACAUCAAGGCCCAGCUGGAGGUGGGGUUCCCGCCCGUGCUGGAGCGUUACACGUCCAUCGUCACCCUGGUCCGGCCUCACCUGGUCAAGGUGAGGGCAGGACACGCUCUUUGGGAGGCUCUUCUGCACUGCUGAGGCCCCUCCAGGGCU